AUGGUUGUACUUGAGAGUCACCUGGGCCUUCCCGAACGAAUGGGCGCGAUCAGCGACCUCACCCGCUUCGACGCGCAGUUCUUCGGCGUGCACCCGAAGCAGGCGCACAAGAUGGAUCCCCAGCUGCGACUCCUGCUGGAGACCUCGUACGAAGCCAUUGUGGACUCCGGCUACGACCCGGCGACCUUGCGCGGACGCAGGGUAGGCGUCUUCAUCGGUGCCUCCGACUCCGAGAUGUUGGAAGCGUUGAGCGUCGACACGGACAAGAUCGACGGAUACGCGCUGGCCGGCUGCUGCAGGUCCAUGUUCUCCAACCGCAUCUCCUUUUCGCUCGACUUCCACGGCCCGAGCUUCACUGUCGACACAGCGUGCUCGUCUACAAUGGUGGGCAUGAACCAGGCCAUGCUGGCGCUUCGCUCCGGACAGUGCGAGGCGGCUAUCGUGGGUGGUAGCAUGCUCACACUCAAGCCAGCCGCGUCCCUGAACUUCUGCCGCCUAGGCAUGCUCUCCCCUGACGGCAAAUGCAAGGUGUUUGACUGUGAUGGAAACGGAUACGUCCGCGGUGAAACCAUUGGCGUCUUCUUUCUUCAACGGGUUUCCGAGGCCCGCCGUAUCUACGCCAAAGUGAUCAACGUCAAGGCCAACACGGAUGGCUACAAGACCGAAGGAAUUACGUUCCCAUCGUCCAAGCUACAGGAGCAGCUCCUACGCGAGGUGUACACCGAAGCUAAAGUCGAUCCACGCAAAGUCGGGUACGUCGAGGCCCACGGUACCGGAACCAAGGUUGGCGAUCCCCAGGAGUUGGGCGCCAUCAGCAACGUCUUCUGCGGGCCCGGUCGUGAAGAGCCGCUCAAGAUCGGUUCCGUCAAGAGUAACGUAGGACACUCCGAGGCCUCCUCAGAAUUCGUCACACAACCAUCUGUGCGUUACAGCAGCGAGUGA